AUGGUUGGCGCUCGAAUCAGGAUCACAGACAACCCGCAAGCAGAAAAACCUCAAGAUAUCAUCAAGAAACGCCCCGCUUCAGCUAGCAAAGACGAGCCGCCAUCUUCCAAGUCAACUUUGCCUCGACCUACUCCGCCUGCACCGCUUCCGCCACCGAUGACGCUGUUGGGAGGCCUGCGCAGGGGUUACGUGCCUGUUAGGAGGCGGAAUCCCAGCGGCGGUCUCCAAUCGAGUGGUCAGAUUAGCCCGAGUGACGGCACCCGCCGCCGUCAACUGCGCGGUCGUGACAGGCAGGCUGAGGAGGAGGAUGGCGAGGCUGGCAUGACCGAAGCUGGCAUGACCGAAGCUGGAGUGACCGAAGCUGGAGUGACCGAGGCUGGGAAAUCCAAAACAAGCCCCGAGCUGUACUAUAACGGAGGGGCUGUUAUUGUGGAUCCGGUCGUCUACCUCAUCUACUACGGCACGUGGCCUGAGAAUUCCGGAGCUGCCGUUAUCGAGAAUUUCGUGCAGUCACUGGGAGGGAACGCGAGCAGGCAGGGGGGGCCGAGGGGUGAGAGCAGCGUGAGCGACUGGUGGGCGAUCACCACGCAUUACUUCAUGACACGGGCUGACCGCAAGCUGGCAUACGUCACUCCUAAGGUUCGGUUUGGCGGCUCGGUAGUGGACCGGGGCUCCAUCGGCCAUUCCUUCUCCGACACCGAGAUUGCCAGGAUCCUCCCCUGGUCGCUCUCCUUCCCCUUCCCCACCUCGCCCAACGUCCAGUUGUCAAUAGCAACGUGGGCAAGGACAACAGAUUGCCACGUGGGCAAGGACAACAGAUUGCCGUCCGAUCCAAGAGGGAUCGACAUCGUGAUCACAAGUGCUGGCGUUCCCUCCACUCCACGUGCCUCCAUCUCAACCCCUUCAGCCCGCCCUCCUCGAUGUCCUCUUCUUGCCCUUUCCCCGAAGAGAAUUUUUGUCCGACCCCUCACUUACGCCCUUCGAUCCCUUCCUCUUCUCUCCCCCCACCCUCCAGUUGUGGAUCGCAACGUGGGCAAGGCCAACCGGCUGCCGUCCGAUCCGAGCGGGAUCUACAUCGUGAUCACGAGUGCUGACGUGGACGUGUGGGAGUUCAGCCGCUGCAGCUACUGCGGGUGGCACGCACAGAUGAUGGACAUGCGCACCGGGAGCCCUGUGGCAUACGCAUUCGUGGGGCACCACUCGCUGUGCUGCCAGUACAGCAAUACAGCAAGUAAGUACCAGCAGGAAGGCUUCCUUGCGUACGCAUUUGUGGGCCACCACUCGCUGUGCUGCCAGUACAGCAACUCCUCCCCCAACGGCCUGCCAGCCAUAGACAGCAUGGUGAGCACCAUCGCGCACGAGAUCACAGAGGCCACCACCGAGUACACUGGGCUCUCCCCACGACCACCACUGAACCUGUACCCAUAUCCUUCCCCGUUCCCCAUCCCCAUCCCCACUUGCAGCUCCUCCCCCAACGGGCUACCAGCCAUAGACAGCAUGGUGAGCACCAUCGCCCACGAGAUCACCGAGGCCACCACCGAUCCGGACAUUUCCUCGGGCUGGUUCGACGCUUCCGGGCAGGAGAACUCCGACAAGUUCGGAGUACGCCCCAGGUUCGGAGUAUGUGUACUACCCACCUGGAUCUGA